AUGAACUUCUAUAGAGGCGUGGGCCUGCUAGGAUGCUGUGAUGCUCUGGGUGUGCUGUAUCUUUCAGGGAUGUCAUUUGACGCCGACGGUUCUCAGCAGCGGAUGACCGAAAUGGGGGCUUCCGGGACGUCCAACUUGAACGACUCCAUCGUUUGGCCGAAAGGAUUUUACAUUGUCGGAUUUACGUCUUUACAGUUUUCCCAUUUAUAUAUCAUUUUCUUAACCAUCGUUUAUAUUGUAACGGGCUUGUCCAACCUAUUUAUCCUCUCCAUCAUUUGGACAGACCACCGGCUGCACGCUCCAAAGUAUAUUGCGGUGGCUAAUUUAGGGGUUGUUGAUUUGGGGAUCAGCACAACCAUUAUUCCUGGGAUGAUCAAGAAAUUUCUCGCGAAAGAUAACUUUAUUUCCUACAACGCAUGUUUGACACAGAUGUACUUUUAUUACUGUUUUAUAUCACUAGAGUCAUUUUCCCUCGGUGUACUUGCCUAUGACAGAUUGAUUGCCAUAUGUUUCCCACUGAGGCAUACUUCAAUCAACACUCCCACACGCAUGGUCAGUAUUUUAGCGAUUCUUUGGUCGAUUUGUAUAAGCAUCAAUGUGUUCACUACUGUAAUCAUGACAAGACUGUCUUUUUGUGAUUCUGUCAACGUGGACAGCUACUUUUGCGACUACGCCCCUGUGUUCAGACUGUCCUGCAAUGAUCACAGAUUGCAGUGGGCUACUGCCACAGCUCUGAGUUUAAUUAUUCUGUUCGGGCCACUUAGUUUCAUCGUCAUAUCAUACGUGAGUAUUCUGGCAGCCGUGUUUAGAAUGAAAAAUGUGGAGAGCAGGUACAAGGCACUUGCAACGUGUACAGAGCAUCUCAUUCUUGUUGCGAUUUUCUAUGUGCCAAUCUUAACGCUGUUCAUAGUUGGACUUUUCUUAUUCCGCGUCGAUCCGGAUAUCAGAAUGGUGAGCUUGUCGUUAGCCUCAUGCAUACCGCCCUGUCUGAAUCCCAUUGUAUAUUCCCUGGCAACCAAAGAAAUCAAGAACAGAAUACUGGCUAUGCUCCAAAAAGUCAAGGUCGCAGCGUGGGGAGGGCAGGCGUAG